GUUUGUAUCAAUUGACCUUCGGGUAUCAAAGUAAAUACGACUUGUUUUCAUGCAACGCGCACCAUUUAUUAGUAUUUUAAUGAAAAUAGUCAUUAAUGUGAUGAUUAGUAUAUAGAAUGUCCGAGUUGGCAUUUUCUGAUAAAACUUUUCAUUUCGAUUUUUGUUCAUGUGAUAUUAUGAAUAAGUAACAAUGCAAAAUAUUGUCAAUAAUUUAAAUAACAUUUAUGUUUAAAUUUUAAUUUAAAGUGUUCACAUAUUUUAAAGUUAAAUUUUAUAAAGCAUUUAGUAAAAUGGAUAUUAAUUUAAAAGUAUUAACUCUCAAUUGUUGGGGUAUACCAUAUGUAUCACGAAAUAGAGUCCAAAGAAUGCGAGCUAUUGCUGAUCAGUUAUUAUCAGGGGAUUACGAUAUUGUCUGUUUUCAAGAAGUAUGGUCUGCUAAGGAUUAUGAAUUAAUUAAAAACCAAAUUCUAAACAUUUUGCCUUAUUCUCAUUAUUUUUAUAGUGGUGUCCUUGGCUCCGGAAUUUGUCUCUUUACAAAGUUUCCAAUUCAAGAUGUGAUUUUCCAUAAGUGGUCUUUGAAUGGAUAUGCUCAUAAAAUACAUCAUGGAGAUUGGUUUGGAGGAAAAGGAGUUGGCCUUUGUAGACUGAAAGUCAAUGAUGCCAAUAUAAAUGUUUAUGUAGCUCAUUUACAUGCAGAGUAUAAUCCUCAACAUGAUGAGUAUUCAGCUCACAGAGUGCUUCAAGCAUUCGAUAUGGCUCAAUUUAUUAGAAUGACAGAACGUGGAGCAGAUGCUGUAAUCUUAGGUGGUGAUCUUAAUACAAGUCCUAAUGAUUUAGCUUAUAGAAUUAUUUGUGGGGUUGCUGGCCUGGCUGAUGCUUGCUCAACAAUUAAUAAUGAUAUUGGAACCAAUGAAUGUGCCAAUAAUAGUUAUACACCACAACGAGUUGCUAGAAAAUUCCCUCAAGGAAAAAGAAUUGAUCAUAUUCUUUAUCUUGGUUCACAGAACUAUAAGGUAGAAGUAAUUAGUUGUCAACAACCUUUUCCAAAGCGAAUUCCUAAUAAAAACUUUAGUUAUUCUGAUCAUGAAGCAGUCGUAGCUGAAUUAAAAAUUACUAAAGGAUUUUAUCAAACAAUAGAAUGUGAUGUAAGAACAGAAAUAAAAGAAGCUUUAAGUAUUUGCGAAGCAUCAUUAAAAAAUGUUAGAAGACAACGUAUUUGGUAUGUAAUAGCUAAUAUUAUAUUAAUAGUACCAUUAAUGUACUCUAUGGGUAUAGAUUCAUCAUUUACAACAUUGGGAUAUUUAAUUGGGUUAAAUAUUUUACGACUAGUAAUAACUGCUGUACUUUGUUAUUCAAUAUUUAUGAGUACAAUUUGGAGUAGUGUAGAACAAAAUGCUCUUAAAGCUGGAAAUUUAGCAAUGGAAGUUCAUUUAUUACAGUUAAAUAAUAAUAUCAAUAACAAAAAUUCAAAACCUGAAGAUUCAUAGAAUUAAUUUUAUAUAUUUUAAUGUGCUCAUGAAGAUUUCGAAUACAAAACCAUACAAGAUACAAAUGUAAAAAAAUUUAAAUAUCAAAUCAGACCAAUUUUUUAUCGAACAUAUAUAUUGUAUAAGUGAGAUUAUAUUUUAGAUAGGGGAAGAUAAUUAUUAAAGUAAUUGCCAUAAUCGGUCAUUAUAACUAGUAAAAUAAUAAGAUUAGCAUUUUUUUUAAUGACUUGAUUUGACUAUUAAAAAAAAUUUAUUUUAUCAAAGUGCUCACAAUAGACACAAUUUUAACAUUAUUUACAAGCUUUUAAUUUAAAUUGAUAUGUAUAAUGUAAUAAAUUAAGCGAAACUUUUCAACAAAAUUCAGACAAAUCAUCAAUGCUGGCAUUUAGUGUGUACAUUGAGCAAUUAUAAAUAUAAAAUGUGCAUUAAGUUAAGCUAUUUCAAUUU